UUGGGGGAUGUGCGCAGGGUCAAUGCACCAAUUGAUGGAGCACAAACUCCGCACUGGAAUCCCCAUCACGUCAUCGCCGUAUUGUGAGUAUAUAGGCCACUCGCAAAAACCGAAAGGAACUAUAAAUAAGCCACACAUCAAUUUAAUUUACAUCAAGAUGUCGAACGAGGGCGAAUACGAGUCGAUCCUUUGCGUUAAACCCGACGUCAACGUUUAUCGAAUACCACCGAGGGCUACAAAUCGUGGAUACAGGGCAGCAGACUGGAAGCUGGAUGUGCCCGAUUGGUCAGGGCGCAUACGGAUAACGGCGAAGGGGAAAGUGGCCUACAUCAAACUGGAAGACAAAGUCUCAGGGGAGCUGUUUGCUCAGGCCCCUGUCACAGAGUAUCCCGGCAUCGCAGUUGAAACCGUAAGCGACUCCAGCCGCUACUUUGUCCUGCGAAUACAGGAUGACAAUGGCCGCAGUGCGUUUAUUGGCGUUGGAUUCGCGGACAGAGGGGACUCUUUUGACUUCAACGUGUCUUUGCAGGACCACUUUAAGUGGGUGAAACAAGAGAAUGAGAUCAGCAAAAACCCUCAGGGGGCAGCUUUGGGACCAAAGCUGGACUUGGGAUUUAAAGACGGACAAACCAUCACCCUUAAUAUUGGGCAAGGCAAAAAGAGGGAUAAGCCACGCCCACAAGGGGCAGGUGGGCUCGGUCUCUUACCGCCGCCACCAAAAGGAAAGAUGGCUCCUCCUCCUUCCUCUGCCUUCUCCAAUCACAACACUGUGCCUCAAACAGGAGGCUCAGAUACGGGCUGUUUGCUAGAUCUGGACAGUAGUAACUCCAACACUGUGGUCCAAUCAUCCAACCCCAGCAGUGAUCUUUGGGGAGACUUCUCCUCUCCUGCAAGUUCGCUCCCUCCAACAUCGCGACAAGAGCACACACCGAAUUGGGGCCAGUUUUGAGUCCACAUCAUCGCCUUUCUCAUUGGUCUCCACCGCUGAACGCAACGCCUCCCUCCGUCGCUACAAACACAGUCAAAGCAAACUUUCCAAGAGACGAAGAACACCAUGUACGUCUAGAAAGUCUUCAUCAAAUCUAAGAAUGGACGUACACUACAAUCUCCUCCCAAAGUAA